AUGGAUUUGAUUGAGGCGAAGGGAAAGAAGGGCCUCAUCCUCAAGACUUGGGAGCGAUGCAGGUCUUUCGGUGGUAUUGGGUCAUCAAGACGUCGACAUGCAGCCAAGCUUAAGAGCAAGUCGUGGACAGGUUCUGCUGCAGCUUCAACCCGAGAAGCGGAUCCAAAGCGUGCUAAAAACCGUCGAGUUGCACCUGAGGGCUGCUUUUCGGUGUACGUUGGAGCCCAGAAACAAAGGUUCGUGAUCAAAACUGAGUGUUUAAACCAUCCUCUUCUCAAGAUGUUGCUUGAAGAAGCUGAAUCAGAGUAUGGUUACACUAAUGAUGGCCCUCUCGAACUUCCUUGUGAUGUUGAUCAUUUCGUCAAGGUGUUGGUGGAAAUGGACUGCGAUGAGAUUCAUCCAAGAUGCAGCUUUUCCAAGACCUACAGUUCCUAUCACCUUCUCCCUUCCCCCAGAUCGCUUGCCUUGAAUGACGUUUAA